AUGGGAACAGCUCUUGUGAUUCUCGGCGUGGUUCGCUUCACAUGUAUUAUCUGUGUUUUAUCAGCUAGAGGUAGCAAACUUAUGAGGGCGCUAGCUUUGUCCAUGGCUGCUACAACUCUCAUGCCAUCAGUUUUCUACCUGUGGCUUGAUUACAGGUGGUUGGCCUCUUCUCGUCUUUCCUUCGGAGUUUCAUCGUCCACAUCCGUAUGGCAGGCAGCCGGAGUUGUGAUCUCAUUUUUGAAUGUCGGCGUGGUUACUGCAACACUUCUCCAGCUUAUAGCAAUGCAUUCAACUUGGAGAAGCCUAGCUAUAGACGAAAAGGCAAAAAGGUUUUUUAUUGCGACUGCAGCUCUUUUCCUAAUUCUCUCAUGCACCACAAUUUCGUUGGACGUGUACACAAUUUGGAAAAGGCUCUUCUAUAGACUUUUUCAUGGAGCUGAGCAGAAAACUCCAUUCUUGACUGCUCUUACAGCCAUUUUUGCAAUGGCAGCUUCAAUGUCGAAAUUUGCACCGAUUGCUCUUCCUGCUUGGUAAGC